AAUUUUUUUUAGUAGAUUUUAAUCGCAGUAAGAGGUGGAAGUGUUUAAACAGGGUGAAUUGUGAUUGGUUGCAGUGCAGAAGGUGAAAGGUGAAGCUCACAGAGGCGCCUCAGACAGAACAGUCAACAUGGCGGAUAAAGAGAAGAAGAAGAAGGAGAGUAUAUUUGACCUGUCGAAGUACAUCGACAAGACCAUCAGAGUCAAAUUCCAAGGUGGACGAGAAGCAAGUGGCGUCCUGAAAGGGUUCGACCCUCUGCUGAACCUGGUGUUGGACGGUACGAUCGAGUACAUGCGUGAUCCCGACGAUCAGUACAAGCUGACCGAGGACACCCGGCAGCUCGGCCUGGUGGUGUGCCGCGGCACGGCGGUGGUCCUGAUCUGUCCGCAGGACGGCAUGGAGGCCAUUCCCAACCCCUUCAUACAGCAGCAGGACGGCUAACACGCCUCCGAGAUCCGGUCAUCUGUGUUCUAGAGUGAAGUUUGAUUUAGGAAUGAUCCGGAGCUUUGAGUUAUGUUCUGAAUCGUGGACGUGGGGGGUCCAUGUUGUUCCCUGUUGUUAUCGUUUCUUUGUUUUAGGUUUGCCUCCCGGAUCUGGACUCUGCCCAGCUUAUUUUUAUAUAGUACUUGUUUUAAUACCAAGAUUAAAUCGAACCUGGACGUUUGUUGAAUCAAUGUUGUGGCCCUGUGUUCACGUCAGUUUGUCAGAUUUGGAUCAGCGUUGGAAAAUCACGCCACCCUCGCACCGUUUGUACGGGUCUCGGAUCUGCAGCCGUGAGAAUCCCGGGUCCUUAAAAAAAAAAGCUCCAGUUAAUAAAAUAUUUUUUGUUUCCA